AUGGCGUCCAUUUUACUGUCUUUGCUUGGCGUUAUCGCAAGUUUCCUUGUCUUGAAAAUUUACGCGUUCAUCAAAAACAUUCGUCUGGCCAGAGCCACCGGACUUCCUUAUGUUCUGUCUCCGUGGAUAGAUGUUGACGACAUCACCAUCAUCGUUAGCCCAUUACUGCGUAAAUGGAAUCGCAAAUAUCUUACGAAGGGCCAGGGAUGGCCAAAGGCUCAUGAGGAACACGGAGAAGUGUUCCUCGUUGUAGCACCUUCUGGCAUUAUAUGCCAAGUGGGCAACAGCGGUCUGGCUUCGUACGUCACUGGCCAUAGAAGGCAAUUUACGAAAGCUCAGAAGAGAUUCAAAGUUUUGGAAAUAUUUGGUCCUAGUUUAGGCAGCACCGAUGGGGAUACGUGGAGACGUCAUCAGCGCAUCGUCCUGCCUGUCUUCGGAGACCAAUUGAAUGAAAUUGCUUGGAAAGAAGCGGCCCGGCAAGCAAAUCUCUUGAAAGCAUCUUGGUCUACGCAUGGAACGCAAAGCUUGGACAAAGCCUUCUAUACCUUGACAGUAAAUGUCAUCGCUCACGCCUUGUAUGGUCAACAAGUGGACUGGGAGGAUGACGCUUCCAUUCCGAGUGGCCACACAAUGAACCUUGUUGGUUCUAUCAUGGGCAUUAUCAACAACCUUCUGGUCAUACUUGUCCUUCCUCGUUGGCUUCUCAGAUUAUCACCGUGGCAGAAAGCAUACAAGGCUGUCGUAGAAAACGAGCAGUUCAUGCAGGAGUUCCUUGCUGCGGACGAGAGGCGGAUCGUUUCCGGCCUCAACUCUGGCCCAAAAAGUGUCCUUACAGCUUUGGCGGAGAGUCGGAUAACUAAUUCUAAGGGAAGGUUUCAACUCGGUACCAAUAUUAAGACAGAAAAGGCAUUGACUUAUCAGGAGAUAAUGGGAAAUUUAUUCGUUUUCUUGUUGGCAGGAUAUGACAUAACAGCACUUUCGCUACAAUACGCCUUUGUCGUUCUUGCUUCACAAAAAGUCAUUCAAGAUCGGAUCAUCAAUGAGAUUGAUGGCCUUUGUCGCGAAAUUGCGCAGGCUGGUCAGAGCGAGCUCAAUUACAGUCAACACUUUCCCAGACUGAGGUAUACUCUUGCAUUCAUGGUUAACCUUGAACAGUUUGAGGUCUUACGAGUCUUCCCCAUUGCCAAUGUAGUGUCAAGGAUAACCGAAGAGCCGCAAGAAAUCCAAUUCCAACCAACGCAAACCACACAACAGCACGAUGAGGCAUCUUCACCACGCCGCCAUAUCCUCCCCGCCGGAACCACCGUCCACAUAAACAUCCCCGGAAUCGAACACGCGGCGCGCUACUGGCCGCAACCCUCGAUCCUCGAGCCGCGGCGCUGGCUCCGCGACAAUCCGAACGAGUGGGACCCACUCGCCAUGGCCGGCGACCCGGACAGCACCACCGCACCUAUCCCGAAUUAUGCGAAAGGCACGUUCAUGGGUUUCAAUGAGGGCGCGCAUAUGUGCCCUGGCCGCAAGUUCGCGCAGGCAGAGUUUGUGGCCGUGGUUGCGGAGCUGUUGCGCUGUCAUCGCGUUGAGCUUUGCGAUGAUAAAGAGAGCGGGGUACUGGAAAGAGAGCUGAGGCUCCGGAAUGGAGAUUCGCCCGUCUUACUGUCGCCGCCUGUCGAGCUGAGGCUGAAACUUGUGCCGCGGGCUUAG